AUGGAAGACGCCCCACCCUGCGGCUCCCGCCCCAUACCUGGCAACGAUGCCCUAGACGAAAGAUCUCUGUCCCGAGCGUCAAAGAUCGUGGGCGGUGUGGAGGCGGUGGCGGGUUCGGAACCCUGGCAGUUCAACAUGAUGCUGGACGUCUCGCCCGUGGAGGACAAGGACGGGGUGUCCACGUUACACCAGUGUGGGGGAACUAUUAUCGAUGAGUACUGGCUUCUCACUGCCGCUCAUUGCUACACAAAAACUACCAAAAUAACAGUACUCAAUGACAAAAAUGAACAGGAUCUUAAAGAAAUAAGCAUAAAUGUGAACAACUACUACGUUGUUGUCGGUGACUACAGCCUAAAAGAGGAUGAGGUGGAACAGGAGAGGUUUGAGGUGGAAGCCUACAUCCUACACGAGAACUACGACGCUUCGACCAAUGAAAACGACAUCGCCUUGAUCAAGAUCAAGCCUAACGACGGCCAUGGGAUACAGUACAGUGACCGCGUCCAGCCUGCCUGCCUGCCUGAUGCCGACACGGACUACACCGUGGGGCUGGCCUGUAUCAUCUCAGGGUGGGGGAAUACCAACGGGACAGAGGACGGAGUUGAUAAUCCAACAAUCUUGCAAGACGCCGUGGUCCCCAUCUUAGCAGACGACGAUUGCACCAAGUUCUAUGAGAACACUGAGGAUAAAUUCAACAAGGAAACGAUGCUGUGUGCGGGUUACCGUGAGGGGGGCGUUGACACAUGCCAGGGGGACAGUGGUGGGCCUCUGGUCUGUAAUGUAAAUGGCGCAUACACAGUUUUAGGCGUGACGUCAUUCGGCGAAGGGUGCGCCCAGCCCGGGUACCCCGGAAUCUACACCCGAGUACAGAGUUACCUGGACUGGAUUGCUGCAACUAUCGAGAAAAACAGUAGUGAUGGCGGCUACGAUUACUAGUUCACUCGAUCUGAAACA